CAGGGCCAGGACUCUGGAAGCACAGCUGCAGUCACUGUGAUAAAGCGGGCGUUGGAACUAGAGUCCGAGUCCCGGUACCCGCAGGCUCUGGUGUGUUACCAGGAGGGAAUUGAUAUGCUCCUGCAGGUUCUGAAAGCAUGUGGGAUCUUAAUUCCCGGACCAGGGAUCUAACCCGCGCUCCUGUAUUGGAAGCGCGGGGUCUUAACUACUGGACCGCCAGGGAAGUCCCUUCAUUAAAAGUUUAAAAAUAUAUAUAUAUAUAUAUAUAUUUUAAAUUAGAAAUGGGUAUACUGACAUUCGGUGUGAGAAAUGUAUAGGAUUGUGAGAGGAGACAGUUAAGACUUUCUGUUACAUGGUUAUUCAAUGUUGAGAGGUACACAGAUAACCCUUAACACCCAGUACAAUCCCUGGUAGGUAGUAAACACCAAGUAAUUAUGUAUUAAAUUGACUUAAGACCAGCCCCUGCUCCCCAGCCCCUGGGGCUCUUAGUCUGGCCUCAGAUCUCCUCUCUGUGCUUUUUAGCCUGAGUGUUUCUGAUUUGUUUCAGAAGCUUUGAGAUAGUAGAGGCUGCUUUUCAAUGUUCAGCACUUUUCUCAGAAUGGUAAAACUCUACCUUGGGCAGGGACCAUAUGAUGAUGAUGAUGACGGUGAUGAUGGUGAUGAUAAUGAGAGUAACAUCAUUUGUAAGUGCUGAGUGCCAGGCAGUGUGCAGAGCACGUUAAAAGCAUGAUCUCAAUUCAUUCUUACAAUUGCCUUAUGAAGUAGGUGAUGUUAUCCUCAUUUUACAGCAUAAAAAAUAAAGUUUGCUUUCCAGUUCUGCCACAAUUGGUAGAGUCACAGCUGAAACCCAAGGCUUUAAAGACUCUACUAUACUGACUCUCAGAAAGAGAGAUGGUGUACAUUGUUCGACUCUGAAGCAGCAGCAUCACAGCAGUUCUGCUCCUCUGUGCUCCACUGAUCCUGUGGGGCUUAGAGAGACAGUGACGUGAUCUUGCAGGUUAAGAUGUAAAUGCAAAUAACUCUAAUACAGGGAAGAAGUGCCAGGAGCCAUAAUGACAAGUGCAGCGAGGAUUUAAACAGUUAACAGUCAUUGGGGGAUGGAAAGGUGUGGGUGGCUUUUGAUAGGGGUUUUGGAGGGAUGAGUAGAAUUUCAGAAAUUCAGCUGAAAGUUUUCCAAUUCUGUCUGUACUGUUUUACCAAACAAGUGGCAUAGGUCUGUAGAGAAAGAGUGAGAAGUAAAGAUUAAAGGUAGACUGGGGCUUGGAGCACACUGCAGAUGGCCUUGGCUGCCAGGAGAUUUUAACUCAUUCCAUUGACAAGGAGAAACGAUUUAAAGUUUUUACAAAGGAGUGACGUAAUUAAAGUUGCAUUUCAGGGCUCGGCUCUCUGAGGAAUAUGCUUUUCUCCCAAAUAUUUGCAUGACCUACUCCCGCUCCUCUUCCAGGUCUUUACACAAAUAUCACCUUAUUUGUGAGGACAUUCUCUGACCCCCAGUGUAAAAUUACAACCCCCAUCCCAGGACUCCCUUAUCCUUCUUCCUUGCUUUAUUUUAUUUAAUAGCACUUACCACAAUCUAACAUACAUGUUUUACCAAUUUAUUUAUUUAUUUUAAAGCCAUUCAUCUGUCAGUGAACACUUAGAUUGCUUCUACCUUUUGACUAUUGCGAAUUUCCCAUUGCUUAUUUAUUUAUUUGGCUGCGUUGGGUCUUUGCUACUGCGCAUGGGCUUUCUCUAGUUGCGACGAGCAGGGGCUACUCUUUGUUACAGUGCGCGGGCUUCUCAUUGCGGUGGCUUCUCUUGUUGUGGAGCACGGCCUCUAGGCACGUGGGCUUCAGUAGUUGUGGCACGCAGGCUCAGUAGUUGUGCCUCACGGGCUCUAGAGCACAGGCUCGGUAGUUGUGGCGCAUGGGCUUAGUUGCUCUGUGGCAUGUGGGAUCUUCCCGGGCCAGGGAUUGAACCCAUGUCCCCCUGCAUGGCAGGCCCCCCUGCAUCCCAUGUGCCACCAGGGAAGUCCUACCAAUUUAUUUUUAUUGUUGUCUUUCCUCUCAUUUGAAUGAUAGGGGAGGACUUAACUGCUACGUCUCCAGUGCUUAGAACAAUGCCUGGCAUGUGGCACCAAAGAUGUAACAAAGAAAUGUAAUCUCAGAAAAAGAAUUUCUGACUACAUGGAUAGAGCAGAAAACAUAAAGAAAUACUUGGAUCAAGAAAAAGAAGCUGGAAAAUAUCACAAGCAAAUUAAAAUAGAAGAGAACGCAACAGGUUUCAGUUAUGAGUCACUUUUUCAAGAAUACCUGAAUGAAACAGUUACGGAAGUUUGGAUAGAAGAUCCAUACAUUAGACACACUCAUCAGCUGUAUAACUUCCUUCGAUUUUGUGAGAUGCUGGUUAAGAGACCAUGUAAGAUAAAAACUAUUCAUCUCCUCACCUCUCUGGAUGAAGGCAGUGGGAAAGAACAGCAAAGUAGUGGCCUGGAAGAAAUAAGAGAGUCACUCAGGAAUCAUGGAGUGCAGUUGGAAUUAGAAUACUCUUCUGUGAUACACGACCGGGAAAUUAGGUUCAACAAUGGAUGGAUGAUUAAGAUCGGAAGGGGACUUGAUUAUUUUAAGAAACCACAGAGUCGUUUUUCUCUUGGAUAUUGUGAUUUUGAUUUAAGACCAUGUCAUGAAACAACAGUGGACAUUUUUCAUAAUAAGCACACACAAAAAAUAUGAUGGGUAGUAGCUUAAUUUACACUAUAUGUUUCUAUUUUAAAUGAAUAUUGGAUUUUUCUUUUUUUUUUUACUUUGGACAGAUCAUUCCUAUAACGUAAGAGUUUAACAAUAAACUUUUACAUUUCUACUAA